AUGGGAAAUUGCUGUUCUAAAAAAAUUGCAACGAUUGAUAGGCCGGUAAUUUUUUUAUAUUUUUUUCUAAAUUUUUUUCUGAUUUUUAAAGGAGUUUUCAGGUCGCCGUCCUAAUAACGUUAAUUUCAACUCUAUGCCUAUUAUUUUUUGCCAGUAUGUUCCUUCCAAUCACUGGAAGUAGGUAAUUGGGAAAUGACUGAAAAUAUGGAGAAAUAAUCGAUUUUCAGUGAUUGCCACCCAAUUAGGAGUCCUACUGAUGUAUGUCUUCACUGCGGCGGCUGUUAAUAAACAUCCGGCUUUAGUUUUUCCGGCUAUUGGGAUGGCUGUGAGUCUUUUUCAUGAAUAAAGUUAUAGUCCAUUCACGGCUAUAUUUAAAAGGAGCAGCGUUUUCAAUAAAAUAUCGUAGUUUCUCUGAUUUCAAGCUUAAAAAAACUAAACUGCUGUAUGCCCUAAAAAGUUUUUUUAUAGCUUGGUAGCCGAUCAUUCUUUUCACUGCAACUUGAUACAGCCUUUUUUUGAUUUUCAUCGAAAAGACGGCUAUUUAAAAUUCAAGAAAAUUCACCAAUUUCUCUGAAUUUUCGAUCAAAAAAGCUGUAAAUCCACUACAAAACCCGAAAACUAAGUUUUUUUCAGCUCAUUAUGUUGUUUCCGGCUUCACUGAUAACGCAUUUCACGUUUCAAGUCGUCAUCACUUAUGAAAAUCGCCACGAUGAUAAGGAAUCAUGGAACGUGUACCCCUACACAAUGUACGAGUACAGUGAGUUCAAAUAUUUUUUUUCUUCGAGAAGGAAAUUAGAUUUUUCCGGAUUUUUAUACGGAUCUAACUCUGAAAUUUUGAAUCAAGCUGUGAAAAAUGUAUUUUCAAUAUUAAUUUCGAAACCUUCAACUGAAAAAAACAUACCAUUUCAAAAAUAAAAACCCUCUUCUUACAGUACAAUGUCUAACCAAUUUCCAGGCAAGACCCUACUCAUAACCGGCCUAAUCACUGGAAUCCUCUCAAUUUUCUGUCUAUUAACCCUGGCCGUAACUCUCUGUCUACUCCGAUUCCACCACAAAACCGUCGAGAAAAAGCAUCGGCUGAGCAAAAUUUGGAUUUUCGAAAGUAUUCGAACCCCGCACGACCAGAAAAGUUAUAUAGUUGAUAAGAAUCACGGAAGAAAUCCGAUAGACGCUGUGGAAUUCGACGCUUUCUAUAAGGAAGCUAAGAAGAGGGGUUCCAUUACAUAUUCUUUGAACGAACCUUGA